AUGCCGGUUCGAUUCACUGGUUUCUUAGAGAACAAGGGUGUAGAUAUCACAAUCCAACUCCCUGGCGUGGACGGUUCAACAUUGGAAAAGGUUCUAGAGUAUCUCCGACAUUACAAGGACGAACCAGUCUCACACGAUUGUGACAAUAAGUCGCGUGGUCCUACCGAACUCAGUGAUUGGGACAAGACCUUUCUUGAGGUCGAGCAAAGCCAGCUGUUCAAGAUCAUUCUCGCUGCGGAUUAUCUCGGUAUCAAGCCACUGUUGGACGCUGGCUGCAAAGCUGUCGCACUUCAACUCAAGGGAAAGACACCUGAGCAAAUUCGAGAGGCGUUUUCUAUUCAAAAUGACUUCACUCCCGAGGAAGAGGCGCGUAUCAAAGAGGAGUUUAGCGGAUAA